GCGGAAGUAAACAGAAGACGGGCUGCUGUUUACGUUACCUGCAGGUAACCGUUCUCUUAAUACAUCCAUGCAGGUAACAGGUUAGUAAGUUAGGGAGGUUAGUUCAUCUGUAAAACUUGAAUACGUGUAAUUAAACAACAAUGUCUUCAGUUGAGCAUCUGAGACAGUUUGUCAACGAGCGACUGACGGCUGCUGCUGAAGAAAUAUUCGGAGUUUUAAUAAAUACUAUCGUCAAGUACGAGGAAGAGAUAACCCGUCAGCGCAGACGGUUGGACGUCGUUUGGAAACCUGAAAUAAAAUUACACAGGAUCAAAGAACUCCCACAGCAACAUGUCUGUAAGGAGGAGGAGGAGGAGGAGGAGGGUGCGAUUCAGGAGAGGAGCUCCAGUCUGGACCAGGAGGAGCCAAAGCCUCCCCAGAUUAAACAGGAACAGGAGGGACUCUGCACCAGUCAGGAGGGAGAGCAGCUCACACUGAAGCAGGAGACUGACGUCUUAAUGUUGACUCCUACUCACAGUGAAGAUCAGACUCUGAACUGGGAUCCUGAUGACCCUCUCGGUGCAGCAGAGGAAGAGUCUGCAGUCAACAUGCCAGUUAUAGCCUCUGUGGUGUCCGAAGCACACAGUGACCCACAGCUCCGCUCUCACAACUCUCAGGAAGCUGAGAGCAAAAACCAGGGAGGAGGCGAGCAUGGAGAGUCGGGAUCAACUAGAAAAGCAGAGCCCAAACCAAAUAGAAGACGUCACAAAAGCAACAGCCACACCAACAAUGUCAACAACCCUAACUUGUUAAAGAUUCACCGUAAUACUGACACAGAACUCCCACAGCAACAUGACUGUAAGGAGGAGGAGGAGGAGGAGGGUGCGAUUCAGGAGAGGAGCUCCAGUCUGGACCAGGAGGAGCCAAAGCCUCCCCAGAUUAAACAGGAACAGGAGGGACUCUGCACCAGUCAGGAGGGAGAGCAGCUCACACUGAAGCAGGAGACUGACGUCUUAAUGUUGACUCCUACUCACAGUGAAGAUCAGACUCUGAACUGGGAUCCUGAUGACCCUCUCGGUGCAGCAGAGGAAGAGUCUGCAGUCAACAUGCCAGUUAUAGCCUCUGUGGUGUCCGAAGCACACAGUGACCCACAGCUCCGCUCUCACAACUCUCAGGAAGCUGAGAAAAUCACAACUCCAAAAGGAGGCGAGAAGAGAAGACGUGACAAAAGCAACAGUCAAACUAUGAAUGUCAACAACCCUAACUUGUUAAAGACUCACCGUAAUACUGACACAGGUAAAACGUCUUUUAAUUGUGACACAUGUGGGAAAGGUUUUAAGUAUAAUUCACUAUUGCAGAGACACGCGAUGAUCCACACGGAUGAGAAGCCGUAUUCUUGCCAAACGUGUGGAAAAGAUUUCAGACAUCACAGUCACUUGUUGGCCCACGUGAAAACCCACACGGGUGAGAAGCUGUAUUCCUGCAAAACAUGUGGGAGAGCUUUUAUAUGUAGUAGUGUACUGAAAAAUCCACACGAGAAUCCACACAGGCGAGAAGCCGUAUUCUUGCAAAACGUGUGGGAAACAUUUCAGAAGUAACGGGGAUUUGACAGUCCACAUGAGAACCCACACUGGCGAGAAGCCGUUCCCUUGCAAGACCUGCUGGAAAAGAUUCAAUUCCAUGUCGGACACGAAUAGGCACACGAGAACCCACGCAAGCGGUGACGGCCAUUUGAAUCAACACAAGUGAGGAGCCACGUGAAUGCAGCACUUUUCUCAAACCUCAUACCUGACAAAACAAUCAAUAAACAGGACAAAGGUUGUAGCCAGUCCCUCUCACCCCGGACACAAACUGGUUGAACCCCUCCCCCCUCUGGCGGGAGGCUGUACUCCAUCAGGACCAAAACCUCCCGCCAUUAAAAACAGUUUCAUCCCCUCAGCAGUCAGCCUCACCAACAAGGCCCCGGGCCCCCACUGACAUUGAACCUUAGACCUACAUCCUGUCCUCUGCACAGUCUAUAUAUCUUAUUCCCAGUUAUAUAUAUUGUUCUUAAGAUAUAUUAUUUCUUUUCUUAUUUGUCAAGCAAUUUGAUUAUGUUUACAUUCUUGUCUUUUCAUAGUCAUAG